CAUCAAUGCUCGAGCACACAGGUAUCUGCUCCAUCAAAUCUCACAUUGCCCGACACCGCUGCCUUAUCAUGCGACAAAGGUAGCCCGCCGACCACGCCAUGUGGAUUCUCGAGAAUGAGGGCGGUGCCUUCGAAGGCAGGCGACUCUGGCUCCGGCCCGGCAAGCGGUACCUUUUUGGUCGCACGGUAGCCGAACCGGGCCAGCUCGCCAUCAAGGGCGACCUGUCCAAGUCUGUCUCCCGCAAGCACUGCACCAUCACUGUCGAUGCGGUCGUUGCCGGUGAUGGCUUGCAUCCAGCCAAACGCUCUCGCGUUACUGUCGAGGAUCUUGGUUCCAAGGGCGGCACCAGGAUCAAUGACCACAAGAUCAAGGGCGAGAAGCUUGUCCUGACCGAAGACACAACUACGCUGCAGAUGGGCUCAUUCCAGUCCAAGUUCCACAUCACCUGGCAGCCCGUUGUGCUGAGUUACUCGUUCACCGCAAAAGAGCUGCGCACCGAUCCUUUGUCCAAGUUGCAGAGCUCCCUGGAACAGCUUGACAUCAAAUAUGCCAGCGAGUUCGACGCGCAGCGGACGACGCACAUUGUCACGCGGAAGCGCAACACCCCAAAGGGCCUCCAGGCACUGGUUGGCGGACGCUACAUCGUGAGCUCGGAGUUCGUCGACGCGGUCGUUGCGGCUGCGUCACCACCAGAUGACGGCGAGGCAUAUGCAGCCAGCCUGCUGGAGAGUGACUUCGACAGCAACUGGCCUGAUCCCAUGAAGUACCUGCCGCCAGGGACGGAUGACGCCGUGCCUAGGCCCGAGUCGGCAUUCGCCCCGAACCCGCAGCGUGCAGAGAUAUUCGACGGCUACACGUUCAUCUUCUACGACAGGAAGCAAUGGGAUUCGCUGAUGGCGCCAAUCACCGCAGGGAAGGGUAAAGCGCUUCUUCAUGAGGUCGCUGCGAAAGAGACUCAGGUCGACGACUUCAUACGGUACGUCAAGGGUGUGGCGGGCGAGAAGGGGCUGGGAGAGUUCGAGGAUGGCAGCGAAGGCAAAGGCGUCGUGGUUGUUCGGUGGCUGCCGAAUGACGGGGAGAACCUCGAGUGGUUCACCAACUUCUACACCACCAUCUCGCUCCGGCUUGAUCAUCGCCUCAUAGACCAGAAGGACUUCAUUGGGGCCAUACUCGGAAAUGAUGCGAGUGUUCUUCGACGACCCUUGGAGGAGGAGGAGGACUCACCCAUGCCCGAUUCAGUCUCACGUCGUGGGGAGCCGCCAGCGAGCUCGCAGCAGGCUCUUAGUGAGAGCAGUGACUCGGUACCACGGAUCUCGGCUUUUAGACGACGGCGAGAACGAGGCGUCGGCGGCAGCAGGUUCAAGGGGUUCGGCAUCGAUAUCGACGAGGACGACGAGCCGCUGAAACCUGCGCCACCCAUCUCGAAACCCAAUGCAGCCGAGGAGCCUUCUCAGGAGAGCCUCUUUGUUGCGCAGCAUGACGAAGACAGUCUGCUGCCUGAUGCUGGUCAAGAUGGAGGACGGCCACUUCGCAAGAGAGCGGCUUCGCCUGUGGGGCAACAGGUUGACAUCAUGGAAGGCUUUGCACCAACAGCAGCUCAAGUGAAACGUCGGCGUAUCGAAGCCGGCGAGGAGCCUGUUCCUCGACGGCCAUCGCCGGUCCCAGAAACGAACAGGCGGCCAGCGGGGAAACCUGUUAAGGUUAAGAAGGAGAUUGAUGUGCUCGGAGUAGCCCGGCAGCAUCGCGAGGAAGCUGAGGCACGCGCAAGGGCGGAGCGACAAGAGCUCGAGACUGCACCCGAGGGUCUCGAUCUCGCUGAAAUUCGGCGGCUGCAAAUCACCGAGCCUAUGGCAUUACGUGAAGCACCAGUCGUCCGCACGCGGGACCAGGAUAUAGCCGAUGGAAGAUGGGAUCCAGCGUGGAACGGGCGUAAGAACUUCAAGAAGUUCCAGAGGCGCGGGGCCGAGCAAGGACGGCCGGCACAGAAAAUCAUCGUGCCGCUGGAACAGGUACAGACCAAGGCCUUUGGUAUCGGCGCGGACUACUGGCUCGAGGAUGGUAGCCAGCAGAAGAGCCGGAAGAAGCAGACCGAGAGGAGCCAGAAGAGUGGUAGCCGCAACAGCACACAGACACAGGAUGUGCCCCAUGGCCCGCCUUCUACGCGCGCAUCAAACGGGUCGCACCCAGUAAGAAGUCGACGUGGCCCAGAGAAACUGUCUCCCGUUGACAGCGACGAGGACGACGACAACGAGGCUGCGCAGUCAAGAGCAGACUCUCACAGCAUACCUACAGGCGAGGAUGUCGACGACGACGAUGAUGAUGAGGUAGUUAUCUCCAUGUCCGCCCCGCGAUCCUCCCGGGCAACAGCGACGACGAGCACCGGCGGCGAGAAACGGUCACAACUGUCUCAGGUGCAGCGGCCGCCUCCAACUUCGUCAUCAAGAUCAGGGAUGUCAGCGACGACACAAAACACAACGCAACGAUCACAAGUGUCUCGUGGGACAGCCGCAGCGAUGGCAUCAAUCAGGGGCAAGAGACCCGCCACCGAAGCCGUGCCUAUCCGUGAACAGCCCGCAAGCAAGCGGACCAGGGCCGGUGCUGGAGCUGGAAGCGCGCGGGCAGCCAUCGCCACCAUCGUAGCAAGUGAAGACGAUGAUGAUGAUAGCGAGGACGAGCUGCGGUUCAAGUUCCGGCGACGGUGAGGGUCGCUGUGCAUGUGACACUUGUUGUCAGGCGCCGUUUCGGCUACUAGUUAUACGCUGAUAAUGUAGCAAGCAGCAUAUCAAAACUGCAGACUUCUCUGUCGGACAAAGAUAACCCACUCCCAAUUCUGGCAAUUACUUUGGUGCAUGUCAAAACAACAAGCUUGAGUCUCGUCUAGCAACAG